AUGCAAUCACGGAUGGAUCCGAUGAAGUUGACCAGUCAUGUGAAUAGUCCAGCAAUUAACAAAAGCCUGGUAGAAUAUGCUGAAAGGAAAUUUAGGCAGCUUGUUUCAGGGUUAUCAAAAUUUGAACAACAAAUAGGAUUAUCUAUGAUUCAUGACUGGUAUAGAAAUGAACGCAAGCAACAAGUGAUAGAAAAGUGGAAACAACCAAAGACGAACACCGAUGUCAAAGCAGCUAAGUUGACGAUACUUCAUUACAAUAUUCGACACUUUUAUUCAAACCAGUGCGAUUUGCUUGACAUGAUCACCCAUCGCAUCCCGAUGAUAAUUUCUUUAAAUGAAUUCGGAUCUCCAAUACCCGAAAAAACGAUAAAACAACUACUUUUCUCGUAUAACAUUGUUAUGAAAGCAGGUACCAACUCUCACGGUGGAGUUGUGCUAGCAAUUAACAAGAAAUUGAACGAAAUCCCAAUCAACAGCCCGGAAUCGAACAUCGUAGCAGCAGAAAUAACAAUAAACGACGAAACGUUUAUCAUUGCGUCGAUUUACUCACCACGAAAUGAGAAACUAUCAUUAUAA